AUGGCUGGCAGGCAUCUGAAGGGUCCCGUGGGUUUAUGGGCUUUAGUUUUCAUACAGUCCGUUUCCGGAUCUCAUAGGGAGGGAAUUUCUGUGUGGGAAAAGGAUCCCCACUUAAGUCCUGUGAACGAAACUCGGCUGUUUCUGCAUGACACGUUCCCUCUCAAUUUCCUCUGGGGAGUGGGAACCAGUGCAUUCCAGGUGGAGGGGAGCCAGCAGAAGGAUGGGAGAGGUCCUUCAAUAUGGGACCACUUCCUCCAUUCCAACUUCAGGCACGCUGACAGGACGGAGGACUGGGGUGACAGCUACACGUUUCUGGAAAAAGAUUUAGCUGCUCUGAGUUUUUUGAGGGUUUCUUCGUACCACUUUUCCAUUUCGUGGCCAAGGCUCUUUCCUAACGGGAUGGUGACAGCCGUCAAUGAGAAAGGACUCCGCUACUACAACCGUCUCCUAGAUGCUCUCGUCCACAGAGGCAUCGAGCCCAUCAUCACUCUCUACCACUGGGACUUGCCGUGGGAAUUGCACGAAAGAUACGGAGGCUGGGAAAACGACUCCCUGGUGGAUCUUUUCAACGAUUACGCCACUUUUUGCUUCCAAGCCUUCGGAGAUCGUGUGAAGUACUGGAUUACAAUGCACAACCCUUAUCUCAUUGCUUGGUAUGGAUACGGAAUAGGUCUUCAUGCACCUGGAGAGAGGCGUGAAGGUGCCGCCUACGUGGUAGGACAUAACCUAAUCAAGGCUCAUGCAAAAGUCUGGCAUAAUUAUGAUCAAUAUUUUCGACCCCAACAGAGAGGAUUUUUGUCAAUCACGUUAGGAUCUCACUGGAUUGAACCAAGUAGAAUCAACAAUGAAUCGGAUAUUGAAAAAUGUCAGCUUUCCAUGCAGAAAGUCCUAGGAUGGUUUGCAAAGCCAAUACACGGAGAUGGCGAUUACCCGGAAGAACUGAAGACGGAACUUGGCUCUCUCCUCCCAAACGCCACCCCGAUGGAAAAAACACAUUUUCAAGGGACAGCCGAUUUCUUCGCAUUUUCUUUCGGGCCAGAUAACUUUAAACCUCCAAGCAAGCUGCCCAAAAUGGGACAAAAUUUCUCCCUCGAUUUGAGGGCCAUUCUGAACUGGAUAAAAGUGGAAUAUGAUAAUCCCAGAAUCUUAAUCGCUGAAAACGGGUGGUUCACCGACAAAGAUGUGAAAACAGAAGAUACUACGGCUAUUUACGUAAUGAAGACCUUUAUUAAUAUGGUUUUGCAAGCUAUUAAAUAUGAUCGGGUCGAUGUCUUUGGUUAUACGUUUUGGUCUCUCUUGGACGGAUUCGAAUGGCAGCAGGCCUUCGACACCCGGCGAGGUUUGUUUUACGUAGAUUUCGAUAGUGACGUGAAGGAGCGGGUCCCGAAAUCAUCCGCAUUUUAUUAUAAGCAAAUCAUUCAGGAGAAUGGCUUUCCUGCCGAAGAAUCAACGCAGACUUUACAAGGCCAGUUCCCUUGGGAUUUCUCCUGGGGAGUCACAGAAUCAGUUGUCAAGGCAGAAUCCGUCGCUUCUUCUCCUCAGUUCUCUGACCGUAACCUGUAUCUCUGGAAUGUCACUGGAGACGGAAAAUUCUACCAGGUGAAGGGAGUGAAAUUGAAAAACCGGCCAGUUCAGUGUACAGACUUCAUCAGCAUUAAAACGCACCUUCAACUGCUAUCAAAAAUGAAAGUCACUCAUUAUAGAUUCGCCUUCAAUUGGUCACUGCUCCUCCCCAGUGGCGACACGUCGUCCCUUAACCGGCACGUCCUGCGGUAUUACCAAUGUCUGAUUAGCGAAAUACUCAAACUCAACGUGAAGCCCGUGGUCACCUUGCACUAUCCGACCCAUCAGUCCUUAAGCCUGCCAGGUCCUUUGCUUCAACACGGCGGGUGGUUGAAUCAAUCCACCGUCGGGGCGUUUAUAACGUACGCUGAAGUGUGCUUCCGGGAAUUCGGAGACCUUGUUAAAUUCUGGAUCACCAUCAACGAGCCGAACCGGUUCGGUGACAUUUACAACAGCAGCAGCAACGACACUUACCAAGCAGCUCACAAUCUGUUGAUCGCUCAUGCCACCGCUUGGCAGGUCUACGAGAAACAAUAUCGGUCCUUCCAGCAGGGUCAGGUGUCUCUGUCCCUGCACUGUGAUUGGGCAGAACCUGCUAACCCGUAUCUCGCUAGCCAUUUGGAAGCGGCCAAUCGGUUCCUCCAGUUUGAAAUGGCCUGGUUUUUAGAUCCUCUGCUGAAUACGGGGGACUAUCCAGCGGCCAUGAGAAAAUAUCUCGGUUACAAAAACCGCCAAGGCCUUUCCGGUUCAUUUUUGCCUUUUUUCACAGAGGAGGAAAAGCAGCUGGUCAGAGGCGCUGCUGAUUUCAUCGCAGUGAAUCAUUUCACCACUCGAUUUGUGGCCCACGAGUCGAAGAACGGGAGCCGGUAUGAAUUGGAUCAGGACAUUAAACUCGUGCAAGAUUUAACCUACCCAACUUCCCCCGUUCGCUCCGCGGUGGUGCCUUGGGGGUUACGCAAAGCCCUGAACUGGAUCCAUCGGCAUUAUGGCAAUAUGGAUAUUUAUCUCACCGCUAGCGGGAUUGAAGAUCAGUCUAGCGACAACGACGAGCUCCGUAAAUACUACAUCGAAAAGUACGUGCAGGAAGCUUUUAAAGCGUACCACAUCGACAAAGUCAACCUCAAAGGCUACUUUGGAUUCAAGCUAACGGAUGAAGUAGCCAAGCCCAAAAUCGGCUUCUUUACCUCCGAAUUCCAAGCCAAAGCCUCCGUCCAGUUCUACAAUCAGCUGAUCUGCAACAACGGUUUCCCCAUCGAUCCCACCAGUAAAUGUGGACAGCGAAAGGAAACGGCCUCCUGCACGUUCUGCCGACUUGUCGUUCAGGAAAAGCCUCUAAUAUUCCUUGGAUGCUGCCUUUUGGUUACCUUAAUAAUGCUCCUAAGCAUUGCUGGUUUCCAGAAGCAGAAGAAAAGGAGACCAGAUUGGUCAAAAUACUUCCAGCACUUCAGCGUUUCUGUGGAAACUAAACCUAAGAAAGUUCUGAACCAGAUAUAGAAAUCAUUUUCUUUGUCCGUUUAUCAACGGAGGAUCAGAAAAAUUAGCAAAAAUACUCUUGUUCAGCAAGAUACUUACGAUCAGAAUGCCAAAUUCGGGAUUCUGACACACUUUGGGUUGUUACAAGGGCUCACUCUACAUUCUUGUUCCCAACCGUAAACAUUUCUGGCUGCUUACUACAGAGAAAAUGAUGCCCGGUCAACUAGCCUAAUUCAGUUUCUUCAGUUUCCUCUACAGAUAACACAACUUGGUCCAAAGGAAACUAUU